GAUGCCGGAGCUAUGCGACCGUCCCAUGUAAAUGACGUCACUUCGUGGGGGCGUUGCGGCCAACCUGUAGGAGGAGCGCGGUGCGAGCACCUGUCAGUGUGAGAGCUGGGAACAUGCCCGUGGCUUCUAAAGUUGUGUCUGAGCGGCGGGCGGAGCCGCUACCUGCACUGCUACUGCGGACCUACCUGCGGCUACUGCGGGAGCGGCCGAUAGUCACCAAAUCAGUGACCAGGUAACCGCAGGGAACACACACACACAGCGCUCAUCCUCCGAGCAGCAUUAAAGGGACACUAUACUCCCCUGAACAACCUUAGCUUAAUGAAGCAGUUUUAGUGUAUAGAUCACUACCCUGCAGCCUCACUGUUUAAUUAUCUGCCUUUUCUUAUUUUUUUUGUUAAAUCGCAUUUGUACAGCGCUAUGGAAUUUAAUAAAAUAAUAAUUUGUUUAAGCAGCUUUAGUCACGCCUCCUUGCAUGUGACUUACACAGCUUUCCUAAACACUUCCUGUAAAGAGAGAUCUAAUGUUUAAACUUCCUUUAUUGCACAUUACACUUAAAUUCAAUUUUGUUUGGUUUGUGGACUUUUUAUUUUUUUGUAACUCCUCCUCUGUUAAUGGCUUGCUAGACUUUGCAGGAACCUCAUGUGUGUGACUAAAGUUAAAUUAUCAGAGCAGUAGGUAAAAACCUCUAAUUUAACAUGGUUGAAAAUGAAACAAUUAUUUUUCAGUCACAGCCAGUGGAAGCGUGGCUAGGGACGCAUCAACAGAGACAAAGUGAUUUUGACAGAGAAUUGAGCAAGGAGACUGCAGGGAUAUGAUCUAUACACCAAAACUGUUGUCACAAUGCCUGCCAGGCACUCUACUGUAUGUUUCAUUCCAGUGUAAGGUCACCUUUUGUCUGCCGUCUCUGUAGCCGCUCUCUCCUCCAGCAUCCUAGCUGAUCCCAGCCACUGCUCAUAGGAACCAUUAUAUGGCUCUGCCUUGAAUGAUGACGCGCAUGCAUAUUCUGGCAUCAAAUGACCACAACUAGCCAAUCAAUGCCCUCCUAGUGCUCUAAUAUUGUGCCCUGUUGUGGUUAUCCAAAACAGCGGUUUCGGUAGUUGUAUGUACGCUGUCUGUCACUGUCUUGUAUUCUGAUUAUUCUUUAUUCUGUUGUCCUUGACCUUUGGCUUGUCUACUCAUUUGUUAGUCUCCGUCUCUCUGAUCUUGGUUUGUCUUUUAAUAUUCUAUAUAGCGUUAAAUCCGGCCACUCUAAGGCAUGUUAACAUGCUUUAGUAUUCUGAUUUCAUAAAGUCUUGUUUUAAUGCCUGUAGUAUCUGACAGGGUGUCCGGAGAUAGCUCUUUUAGAGAGCAUGCAGUGUAACCACUGGAAUGAUUUAUUUUCAGGGGGAAAUUCUUGAAAAAUAGAGUAGGAGCAUUUUUUUAUUUUUUUUAUUUUUUAUUUUUUUUAAUUUCUUCUCUUUUGGACGAAAACAUGGCUGAAAGUAAUGAGUUGUGUUUAAAAGUUUGCAUGCCCUGGGAGAAGUUGUAACAUUUUAGCAUUCGUUUUGAAAAUAUAAAUGAGCCAUUAAAGGUUAAUUUUCCACACCUGUGGCUCUUUAAAUUGCAAUUGGUGUCUGUGUAUAGUCAAUGAGAUUGUUAGCUCUCACGUGGAUGUACUGAGCCAUGGGGAGCAGAAAAUAACUGUCAAAAGACCUGCGUAACAAGGUAAUGGAACUUUAUAAAUAUGGAAAAGGAUAUAAAAAGAUAUCUAAAGCCUUGAAAAUGCCAGUCAGUACUGUUCAAUCGCUUAUUAAGAAGUGGAAAAUUCAGGGAUCUCUUGAUACCAAGCCAAGGUCAGGUAGAUCAAGAAAGAUUUCAGCCACAACUGGCAGAAGACUUGUUCGAGAUACAAAGAAAAACCCACAGAUAACCUCAAGAGACAUACAGGCUGCUCUGGACAAAAGACGUGUGGUUGUUUCAAGGAGUACAAUACCACAAUACUGCAUGGUCAAGUUGCCAGAAAGAAGCCUUUACUGUGCCAAUGCCAAAAAAAAGCCUGGGUACAAUAUGACCGACAACACCUUCACACGCCUCCCAGCUUCUGUCACACUGUAAUUUGGAGUGACAAGACCAAAAUAUAGCUUUAUGGUCACAACCAUAAGCGCUAUGUUUGGGGCCGGAUCAACAAAGCCUAUAGUGAAAAGAAUACCAUCUCCACUGUGAAGCAUGGUGGUGGCUCACUGAUGUUUUGGGAGGGGUGUGAGCUCUAAAGGCACAUGGAAUCUUGUGAAAAUUAAUGGCAAAAUCAAUGCAGCAUGUUAUCAGGAAAUACUUGCAGAUAAUUUGCAUUCUUCUGCAUGAAGGCUGCGCAUGGGAUGCUCUUGGACUUUCCAGCAUGGCAAUGACUCUAAGCACAAGGCCAAGUUGACCCUCCAGUGUUUAACCCCUUAAGGACGCUGGACGGAAAACAGUUUCACUGAUUCAGCCUAUGUCAUCGCUCUGAGUCCGAGCGAUCACAUGUUCUACAGCGUAUACCCCCGUAUUUUUUUUAGGAAAUGGUAUGCCUUUGUGAAGUAAUUGGGAAAACACAACCUACUUAAAAAAAAAAAAAAAGUCCAAAGUGGGGCACAGUAAAAACAUACGGGGGUAUUGUUGUACUCAGAUGACAUAGCUGAGCAACAAUAUGAUGUAUUAUACUGCUGUAGCACACAUAAGGUUUGCAAAAUAUAUAUUACAAACUCAUUGUGUGUGUCAAAAAGGCAUAAAAAAUGCUUAUUACCACUACACUUGGUACAAGCUAGCAGAGAAAUGACUUCACGCAAAGGUUCAAAAUAUACCAUUUGAAAUAUCCUCGUGUUUCUUCUUUAAGAAAUGGUAUGCCUUUGUAGAGUAGUUGGAAUAAUCAACCUAAAACUCCAAAGUGGGGUAUGGACACAGUGUAAAAAUUCAAAGUUUGAAAAAACUUAAAUGGCUGUGAUUCAAAUGUGCCCCUUCAAUGUCCACAUAUACCUGGCAAAGGUACAUAUGGGGGUAUUGCUGUGCUCAGAUGACAUAGCUGAGCAAGAUAGGAAGUAUUAUAUAGCCGUAGCACACAUAAGGUUUGCAAAAUAUACAGUACAAACUCACUGUGUGUUUAAAAAGGCAGAAAAAAUGCUUAUCUAACUACACUUGGUACAAGCUAGAGGAAAUAUGAUUUCACGCUAAGGUUCAAAAUAUGACUUUUGAAAUACCCUAGGGUGUCUUCUUUAAGAAAUGGUAUGCCUUUAUGGGGUAGUUGGAAUAAUUACCUACUAAAAAGAAGGAUUUGCAUACAUUCCAUUGCAAAAAGUUACUUUUUUACUACAGCUAAAAUCUAGGGUUAGAGUCCACUUGGCAAAGUCCGUACUGUCCAUGUUGAAUAGCUUGCUUGUUCAAUGGGGGUGGGGUGGUGGGCUUCACUGCAACAAAUGCAUGCAAAUUUGGUUUGACAAAGCAUGUUUUCCUGUUGAAAGACGAGACUGUACAAAAGUGUGUUGCCAUGGUGUCCAUGAAGACAAAACUCCAAGUGGAAGAUUUAAGGAAUUUAUGUGAAGCAAAACCUUUUUGUAAUGUGGAGCGCAUUACAAAUUAAAUCCACUUGAAUUCAUUUAGAAGAACAGAUAUUUGGAGAGAAGUUACAAAUAUAUAACUAGAGAUGUCGCGAACCGUUCGCGAACUUCCCGCGAACAGCUCGCUACGGUUCGUGGCGAGCUCCGGUCAGCUGACACAUCCCGGCCAAUCUCCAGCAGACCCACCCUCCCUCCCACACCCUCCCACCUCCUGGACAGCAUCCAUGUUGAAGUCUGCUGGAGAUUGGCCGGGAUGUGUCAGCUGACCGGAGCUCGCCGAGAACGGUUUGUGGCGAGCCGUUCGCGGGAAGUUCGCGAACGGUUCGCGACAUCUCUACAUAUAACUGAGACAAAAACAAAUCACCAAAGAAUAAACAAUUAUUUUAAGGCAUAUCUUUACCAGUUCUAAAACUUGGGAAUGUGCGUUGUGGGUUUGUUUUUUGCAAAAAGUAGUAUUGGAACAUUUUUCUAAUACUACAUGGUAGACAGUGAGAUGGCCCUUAAAGGGACACUCAAGGCACCCAGACCACUUCUACCCAUUGGAGUGGUCUGGGUGCCAACUCCCACUACCCUUGACCAUGCAAGUGUAAUUAUUGCAGUUUUUUUAUAAACUGCAAUAAUUACCUUGCAGGGUUAACUCUUCUUGGUCCAUAGCACAGAAAACCUGUGCUACAAUGUCGCUGGACGUCCUCACGCUAUGUGAGGACCUCCAGCGUUGCUCAAUUCCCCAUAGGAAAGCAGUGAAAAGCAUUUUUAAUGCUUUCCUAUGGAGAGCUCUAAUGCACAUGCCCGCAUUGCCGCGCAUGCGCAUUAGGUCUCCGCGGCCAGGAUCAGUCUCGCCCACCAGCCGACAUAAUGAGGAGGAGCGGUGGCAACCCGAAACCACUGCCGAGGGACAUCAGCGUGGGCCUCAGGUAAGUGACUGAGGGGUUUUCACUCCUUCAGCAACCGGGGAUUGGGAGGUGGGAGGAAGAGGGGACCUGCAGUGCCAGGAAAACGGAUUGUUUUCCUCGCACUGAAGUGUCCCUUUUAAAGCGCCACUGACGUGCUGUACGUUCCUUUUCCCAAGUGCCUUCUCUUCCCUUUUUCUUUCCUACUCCUUUUUCUUUUUCCCUUUUUUUUUUUUUUUCUACUUCUAACUAACUUUUUCCUACACUUGCUUUUCUUAGACUCUGUGUGCAUCUUAAGUAAACUACACUUGUUGUGUCUAGGAAAUCUUUCCCAGAAUACUCACAUUUCCUCUGUAUUCUCGCAUUGAAUCCUUUCACCCUUUCCGAAUGUCCUGUAUAGUGGGAAUUUGGCAGCGCAAGGUAGUGUGGGCAGAUGAAGAAGAUACAGUAAACAUUAUUUCCAGGAACAAUAAGUUGACGACACUUGGAAAUAGAUCUGGAGAAGAAAUAAAUUUUAAAAAAUAAAUAAAAAGAUGAAAUGGUGGACCUAGAUACAUUUUGGGGCUAAUUGGAGAGACCAGGUGUAGAGGAUUCAGGAGAGAGAUUAAAAAAGAAAAAUGGAUGCAGCCAUGACAAUGGCACUUUAAGGUCUGCAGUGUUUUACGUGGUUGCUGAAAUUUUGGGCCGAAAAUGGGUCAAAUCUGCUGAAAAUUACACGUACGGUCCUGCAGUCUGUCUUGGUGCACGUGGAGGCUGAUGUUACGAGUGAACCAGUCCGCGGCUGCUUUCAGAGGAUUUAAAACAAGACAUGCCUUCUACCUUGGCUGGGACCUCGAUAGCAGUGCUCCCCGGGCUGCGGCUGCAGGGGCCACAUAGCACGGUGACUGGUCUGCGGGCCCCCCUGUGUGUGCUGAGCUUGGCCGCCCAGGCCGCUCAUUGUUCGCUCGCUCUCUCCCAGCACUGUGGCUGGGGCACCAUGGAGGCCGCCAGACCGAGCACCUGAUUGCACCCAGUGACGAUCCCGCCCGCCAUGCCAAAACGUGAAGAACAGCAAGGGGAGGAAGAACAAGUGGGCGAACAGCAGUGGGGACGAGUAGGAGAACGGGGCCAUGGCGGCCGCUGCAGGACGGACUGCGGCCGCACAGAUCUGCGCAGGAGCCACAACCACAAGCUCUGCAACAGGACAGUGUGCUCAGCCGCACCAUCUGCAGACAUUUGAGAACUGUAAGAUCCGCCUGCAUUGACUGAGAGCCACUGACAGCCCCGGGCACAGGCUGGAUGGAGAGCAGUCUUAUAGGGGGCACAGCCUCAGCAGGAUUGGCUAGCAUCAGCCUCAGCAGGAACUUACUGAGCUGUCAAUCAAGCUUGUUUGAAGUCAUAUACUUACUAUUUUUAAAUAAUUUGGAUAAAAAAAAGUAGUUUUCGGCCAAGGGCAUCCUGAAUUUUCGGUUUCGGCCUAGAAUUUCCAUUUCGGUGCAUCCCUACACUGCAGCCAUAAUACUUCAAUGUAAUGAAGUGCUAUGGGUACCUAUAGUGUCCCUUUAAAUCUUUUGCAUUCUUGAGCUGCUAAUGUUUUGUUUCCUAUUGGAUAUAUGUGAGUAAUUUUAUACAAUGGAGAUAAGCAGAUCGUGAACAGCACAGCUAACCAUCAUUUUUUUUAAAAUAUGCAACACAAAGUUUAUGAAUUUUCAGCCACCUUUCUGACAGUAAAGAGUUGCCUUUCCCUACUCUUUUUCCUGAUACUCAAACAGGGUUAUUAACUGAAAUGAAAAUUCAAAGUGAAUUCUACAUUUAAAGGUACACUAUAGUGCCAGGAAAACAAAAUCGUUUUCCUGGCACUAUAGGGUCUUUAGGUUCCCCCCGCCCUCAGGGUCCCACUCCCACUGGGCUCAAGGGGGCUGAAGGGGUUAAACACUUGCCUUUCUCCAGCGCCGAGCUCCCUCUGCGCUGGGGAACUCUCCUCCUCCUCCUCCUGACGUCAGCGCUGAAUGGUGCAUGCGCGGCAAGAGCCAUGCGCGCAUUCAGACAGUCCAUAGGAAAGCAUUUCUCAAUGCUUUCCUAUGGACGUCCAGUGUUGUAGAAUAUUGCAUAUUCUAUGUUUCUAUUGAUUAUAUAUGGAUGUGUGGAUUGACAUAAGUAACAGAUGGUAUAAGUCACAAGGCUUUCUUUGUCCGAGAGCUCUGGAAUGUGGAUUUGGGGGUCUUGUCCUUAUAUGGCUUGAGUUAUGCUCUAACGUCAGUAUGGGCACUUCUAUAUAGUAACUGAACAAAGAGACACGAGGCCGCUCUCUGUCUUGGCUCUCUCUCGAUGUAAAGAAGUCCAGCAAUUACCAUCUGCUGUUGAAUGUCCAUUAUCCGGUAACAUCCUUUGUUGUUUUAUUAUGUAUCCGUAACUAAGAAUAAACUUGAAGAAACCGUAAGUCAGAUUGCGUAUUAGUACUUUUCAAUAAUAUAGACAUAUAUUAUUGUGGAGAGCAUUUGGCCCAAGACUAUAUAUACAAAAAGACGUGUAUAUAUAUCAAUCAACUGAAGACAAGAAGAAAUUAAGAAGAUUUAACAGUGACGAUUCCAACCAGAUUUUACAAGUGUCUUCUCACUGUGAUUUUCACAAUGAGAAGCGUGGAAGCUGUCAGUGAGACAGCCACUAGAGGCUGGAUUAACCCUAGUGUUUACAGCUGCAGGGUUAAAACCUGGGGGACCUGGCACCCAGACCACUUAAUUGAGCUGAAGUGGUCUGGGUGCCUAUAAUGGUCCUUUAAGGUCAAAAUAGCUGAGCUGGAAAAACUAUUUACGUCAGCUAUGCUUUCAUUUCAGCUACUCUGUCCUUCAAAUUGAAAUUCACAUAACAUUCUCACUUUUUAGUAAAUAACUCCCUGUAAGUUUGUCAUUCUUUUGAAAUGGAAAUUUCUGCAAAAAAGUAUUUGUGACAGUAGUCGCCAUCACUGGGGAAGGAAGACAGCCCUUGCGAUUGUGUGGACCUCACCCUUCCAUGUACUAUAGUGCUCUAUUGUAUGUAAAUGAGGGUGUUUGGGGCAUAAGUAUAUGUGCUGUGUUCAUUAAAGGGAGUUGUUGUUUUAACCUCUAACAAGUGUUGUCUGGUCUGCUGAUGAAAAGGUGUCCAGGGCUAUAAUCCUAGUAGCCUGGUCCAGGGUGUACAAGGCCCUCAGUGAUUCCAGUCAAGCCUUGGAUAGCUACAAGGAAGCGGCCUUGGCGAAGGUACUAGGUCGGAGCACUGGAGCUCGGUCACAGUAUUGAAAUCUACUAUUAAAAAAACAACACAUUUUUAUAACUCCUUUUAAUAAUUACGAUCAAAUUUAUGAUGGCAUUUACCAUCAUCAGGGACACUAUAGUUAUCAAAAGAACUUUAGAUUAACGUGAUUUAACUCCUAAGUGGCAGAGAAUUGAGCAGGAAAACUGCAGGGCCAUUAUCUAUACACUAAAACUUAAUUAAAGGGACACUCCAGGCAGCUAAACAAGUAAAGUUUAAAUGAAAGCUAAUAAGCUUAAAAUACCUGUGGUUAGUUUAUUUUCUUUCAAAUCUGUGUAGUUUCCUGCAAUGCUGUAAAAUGUUUUACUGUUUUCAGCAGUGUAAGCCAGCCUCCUUAGCCACCCCAUCUCACAUUUGAAAGAAAAGUACCUUUUGCAGCCAAUGAAAAUAGAGGCAUGUCUUCUCUGUUUGUAAGGAAUGCUCACAGCGCAGAUUACACUGCAGCUAGAGCCCUCUCUGCAUGUAAUGCAAGUAAUAGAUUUUCCUCCAGGCCCUUUCCGCAAACCUCCCUACUCACUGUUAACCCCUUCCCUGUCAGACAACCUCACUACUCACUGUUAAUGCCUUCACUGCUAUCCAAUCUCCCUACCCACUGUUAACUCAUUCCUUGCCUGUCUCUGUCAGCCAACAUCCCUACUUACUGUUAACCCCUUCCCUGCUAGUCCAACCGCUCUACCCAUUGUUGACCCCUUCCCUGCCAGCCAAAUUCACUACCACUGUUGACCCCCUCUGUCAGACAACCUCACUACCCACUGUUAAUUUCUUCCCCAUCAGACAACCUCACUACUAGCCUAUCUAAUUUCGGCCAAAAAAUAGGUCAAAUCUGCUGAAAAUUACACCCUUCCCCUUUCCCCCUUUAUGAGAGGGCACAAUGCCUUUUAGUUGCCAUCAGUAUGAGAGGGCACAAUUUCCAAGUACCAGAAGUGUGAGAGAUCACAAUACACGGGCGAGGAAUGAGAAGCGAGUUUAUACCAUGAGCCGCUGUCCCCGUGCCGUCACUGCUCCUUCUCCUGCUGCCGGUUCCAGUUACCGGGACUCUAGUUCUGCAGCGGUCGCGGUGACAUAAGAUCACAGAGCUUCAGCCGCCAAAGCACACAAGACCCCAGCGUAACCCUAACCCUUCCUCAGACCGGAGAUCCAAAGCUAUAGAGAAAUGUGUUACCACGGCAACCGCCACGCAACUCUAUUCUCUUGAUACAGCCGAAUGUUAGUCAGUGAGUGUUAUUCUUGAGGAUAGCCACGCUCAUUAGCCUGUGUUCGCUGCGGGAUUGGAUCAAAGCCCUGGAUGGAUCCAUGGUUGGAGAGUCCUGGCUGGCAAGGAAGGUGGUGGACAUAUUGUGACUGGCAAUUCUUCACCCAGUUAAAAAUGUUGUUUGGGGUAUUUGAACAAUUCACUAACUAGUGCUAUAGAGACUGCGUUUUGCAAUUCCUCACCCAGGCUUUACCAGUCUGGUAAAUAAAAACAAAAAAUGACAGCUGAAAGUUUAAGCUAUAAAAUCCAAAAAUGUGAAGAAGUACCGUUCAGUGUUUAUUCAGCAAACUCCUGGAUGUAGCAAAAUUAGAUCUGAAUUUUGAAAUAGCUGGGGGAACGUGGGGGGGCUAUUCUCCAACCCUAACUAUAGCAUAACUUCCAACUUUUGGUAGAUAUGGAAGCAGGACAGACCUAGAGACCUGCCAGUGGUGCAACUUGUGUCAUUAGUGAUGUCAAGAAUGGGUUAAAUCUGAUUCUAUCAUAUGAGGAAAGUGCACAUUUUAUAGGUAUGAUAAAACAGGCUUAACUGUGGAUCUGAAUAAUCACUACCCACUGUUAACCUGUUCCCUGCCAGUCCCUGUUAAUAAAUAAAUAUAUAUAUAUAUAUAUAUAUAUAUAUAUAUAUAUGUAUAUGUAUAUAAAUAAUCAGAUAGAAAGCGAUAUAGAUAACACAAAACUCUAUUGGUAUUUAUGAGUUUGUCUCUUUAUAUUUAUUUAUAAUUAACAUAUGACACUAUAUGAUACCUAAUUUGGUUUGUAAGUUCUAGUGUCUAAAUGCUGUAUUUAUAGUGUAACUUAGGUUAAGUACUUCUUGGGUAGGCAUUGUGAUUACUGAUUCUCAGAGAGCAGGGAUCAGCAACCUAUGGCACUUAAGGUUGCCACAGCCAAACAGCUUCUGUCCUAUCAGGAGUCUCAGUGAGACAUCCGAUAUCCGAACUGUAAUUGCAGGUGGUGAGGGACAAUCCUUAAUUUCCGCAUUGCAGUAGUUAGAGGAAGUGAUCUCGGAUAACUAGAGUAGAGCAGCCAACAUCAGCUAUUGCAGCAACUGCCCCUGGUUUGCACGGUCCACACUGAGCCCAAUGGAAGCAACCCACACUGCUACAUAUACACAGUACUGCAAAAUAAGCCUCCCUCACAACAGCCCACACACAUUCCACACAAACACAAUACUUCUGACAAUCUGCAUACAUGCACUCAACCCCACAAGUAGGCUCUCACAUACAAUAGCACAGGCAGUCCCACACAUACACAAACUACCAAACACACAAUGUAACAUAUUAUACCAAACAAUUUCACAGACUGCCCCCAUACGCAACCCAGAUUGAGGGUAUCAUACACAAUACCACAAACUACUCAUGAACAUAUACAAUAUAACAGCCGCACAAAUACAACACUACAAAGCCACUGCAGCACCCAUAACUAACACAAGCAGAAUACAUCGGCAUGCCAAGGAAUUUCUAUUUUUUUUUUUUUUUUUGGCACAGUACUACUAAAAGAUAAAAUAACAAAAAAUAUAUAGAAAAUGGCGCUAGAGGAUAAAGUGAAUGAAUGGUGCUGCUAUACCCAAGUAUAUCACCACUAUAUAUACUUAGAAAGAAUACAAUAAAAAAUAGGAAAGGUAAAAGCGCACACAGAGCAAGGAGGUCGUUACCUGACAUAUUAUAGAUAACUGGAAAGAAGUAACUCCUCCUUAUAUACAAUAGGUAUAUACAAUGUAGGGUUGCCUAUACAGGAAAAUAAUUUCCGUUUUAUUGUGUUUUAUAUACAGACCACACUAUGUUUUGUCUUGUGUUUGUAUUUUCUGUAUUCUGUAUUUACAUUGUAUAUACCUAUUGUAUAUAAGGAGGAGUUACUUCUUACCAGUUAUCUAUAAUACGUCAGGUAACGACCUCCUUGCUCUGUGUGCGCUUUUACCUUUCCUAUUUUUUAUUGUAUACUACUAAAAGAUGGCCUACCCCUGUCAUAGAAAAUCACUGGAGCAUGGCCAUUGGUGAAAAGUCUUUGUGAAAUACAGGAAGCAGGGAGAAAGCAAAGGGGGACAAGACAUGCAAUCACAUGAGGGGAAGAAAAUCUGAUCAAAGCAAAGAUUAAUAAAGGUACUUCUGGAGCAAAAAAAAAAUUUGACAGUAGGUUUACUGUUUGCGCAGGGGGAAGAUAUCCUUUAAGCUAAAGUUGUUUUGGUGACUAUAGAGUCCCUUUAAUCGUCACUUUUCAGAUCACUUUCUUAUAUAUCCCUCAAAGUUUAGAUGAAAGUAGUGUCAAAGCGCAAAUAAAAAAUGGCUUUAAAUGUGCAUAGUAUUGUUCUGUAACUAGUACAAGUGACUACUCACAGUGUGUUAAUAAGUGAAUGUCUAACUCUUUGCAGUGGGAUUCUGUCUGCACUGGGAAACCUUCUAUCCCAGAGUAUAGAGAGAAGGCGCAAACGUCAGAAAUCCUCGAAGGAGGUGGACUUGGUGGGGCCUCUUCGAUUUGCUGUAUAUGGGUGAGUAAUAAAUUGGCAAAAGCUGCUUCUGCAAUGUAAAGACAAGUCUUUAGAUUCUCCAUAAUGAGAAACAUAAGCAAAAAAUCAAAAUAGUAGAGAUUAACUGAUGAUGUUGAAAUCGUGAUUAUUAGAGCUUACUAAACAAUAGUUUGGUGCAAAUAUUUCCUGAAUAUUGCCCAAGGAAACUGUAACUGCUUCAUCUCAUUGAAGUGAUUAGUGACUGAAGUCUCCUGGUACUGCCCUUCCAUUUAGCAUUAAAUAGUUUUUUUAUUUAUUUUUUUUUAAUUUUUAAUGGCUUGAAUUUGGUUUUAAAGUCACAGUUAACAUUAAUGCAUAGGCAUUAGAAAUAGUCAAUCAAUGUUUAAAACAAAAACAUUAGGUGACAAAACAGGAGCUCAAGUCUGCUGUAAAAACAGCACAUUUACAGAAAGAAAAUGAAUCAAAAUGGGACCGGGAGACAAGUGUCUAAUAAGUCUUUCGAGGAAAACCAGGGUAAUCGAUAUGUCAAUAGAAUAGUACAGAUCCAGCAACCCAAAACAGGCAGCGUUGUAGGAUCCAUAGUGCCAGACCAAGUAACCUAUUUUGGUUUAGGAGAGCACGCUGGACGAGUGUCAGAAACCCCUAAUACUCGUUAAUCUUUUGAUUCUAAAAAAAACCCAAACAAAUACACACUGUCACUUGCUCAUAUUUCCCAUAGAGCAGAUCUCUUCACUUCUACUUAACCAUUGCCCAGUGGAUGGAGGACAUGCCAUUCUACAGUUCAGAGGUAUGAAUGCCUUAGACACGUUUAUGAGAUGUCUGAGUAGCCUUCCGCGGUAAAUAAAGGGUUCAAAAUCCUUACUCCGCCUCCUCGGACAUCCUGCAACGAGCGGUCGUGCAUGUGCAGCAAAUGCAGCUCAUGCAUUAGACCUCCCCAUAGGAAAGCAUUGAAUCAAUGCUUUCCUAUGGGGAAAAAUCUGUCGCUUGAUGUCUGUUUGGAGCCAGGAAGUGCCUCCAGUGGCUGUCUGGGAGAUUCUCAAGCAACUCUACUGUCUUUGGCGAAAGAGAUGUACUAACAUUAUCAGAGAGAUAAGAUGAGAUAAGGUCAUCCAGAUUAUCUACUGAGGCAAAUUGGGGAAGAUUAUAUAAAAAGGAGUAAUCAUUAUGAAAUUCUUCUGCUGUACAAUUGCUGGUAUGGGCCAUGUGACCUUUAGGCAAUCUACUCCUCUCUACAUAAAUGCACUGGUCCUGAUCUCGAAGAACCUUAGCUUACAACCGGUUGAUUUUUUAUUUUAUUUUUGAUUUUUUUUUUAAUGGUAUUUAGAUUUACAUUUUUGCUUAGAUCUAUGAACCUUUAAGUUAAGCAAAUUAAUAAAUCUGGAUCUAAGGAUACAUUGAAAUCCCCACCAAAAAUCAAAAUACUCUUGAUAAAUUAUUUUAAAAGGCAUACCAUUAUUUGGUGAAUAAACAUUAGCAUUAAUACGGCCCUUAUAGUAAACCUCCCCUCUGGAUCCCAACAAGUGCCAACAUGCUAAAACCGCACAGAUUAUGCAAACUGUGUUGCAACUCACAUGGUCUCGGAAGUAUGUGAGGAAGCCUAAUAAUGGGUUUUACAGAGCCUCUUUAAUAAUCUGAAUAUUUGUUUUUGGUUCUCAUCCAAUGCAGUGUGUAUUUGCUGUGUCAAGACUGAACUGAAUUGUGAUGUCCAUUUAAAAGAAAAUAUAGCCUUGCAUGGGGAAAAGAGGGAUUACGCAAGUUAUGGGCUAUUUUUAAUAUUUUUUUCAAAGAUAGAUUUUCCAGAGAAGUCAUAACCUUUCUUUCUGUCAGAUUCCUUUUCACAGGGCCAUUGUCACACUACUUCUACUUGUUUCUAGAGCAGAUGAUCCCUUCCUCAGCCCCACUUGCUGGGAUCCGUCGGCUCCUGCUAGACCGGUUAAUUAUUGCCCCAGCCUUCCUGCUACUCUUCUUUUGUGUAAUGAAUAUUCUAGAGGUGGGUGAUCCUUUUUUUUUUCUCCAUAUUAUUUAUUGUAUUUUAUAACAUCUUGCAAACUGUGGCAACACUUAUCAGUAUCGGUAAUCCAUUUUACUUCUCUUUUAACAUCAAUACCAACUGGCCUUUUAAAUUGCAAAACUUUAGUUUCACUUGUUUAACUUAAAGGGUUACUCCAAACACUAUGAACACUUUAGUGUUUUGAAGUGGUCAUGGUGCCUGCAGUCUACAUGUGCAGGGUUUUUUUUUUGUUUUGUUUUUUUUGUUUUUUUUUACUAAAUGCUGACAAACAUGGUUUUACUCCUCAUCUGCUGGAGAUGUAACUCCACUUCCUGCAGCAACAUUGUGGCAUCUUUUUAGCUAGCGUUCUAGGCUGUAUCAAUACUCAUAUUUCACUAAUUGGAUCAGAGUGGUCAGUUGACGCUCUCUACGAGCGGCAGUAUCAUAUGCAGCUUUGUUGUAAACCUGCCUACUUAGGCGCAUGGCCUAAGAGAACAAACUUAACUUUUGUGAUCUUUCAUUGUUAUUAAUCUACAUUUUUAUAUAUAUCAACCAGAGCACCAGGUAUUUACUAUUUUUGAUUGGAGUACAGGGGUUAACUAUAUUUAUUUAUAUAUAUUUAUUUAUAUAUAUAUAUAUAUUAUAAAAUUAUUUCUAUAUAUUACUAUAAUAUAAACAUUUCAUAUAAACACACUCAUGUUGGUGCUUGCUCUUAGUGCUAAAUACUAUAUUUUUUAUCAUUAAGGUAGGGCAGUAUUUUUAUUUAUUUUAAUUCUUUAUUUAGAAUUUUACAAAUACAAGCAAUUGUGAGACAUUGCACUUACUACAAACACACUACAUUCAUUAUACACACUCUGCAUUCAUUAUACACACUGCACUCACUACAAAAACACUACAUUCACUAUACACACUGCAUUCACUAUACACACUGCACUCACUACAAAUACACUACAUUUAUUAUACACACUGCACUCACUACAAAUACACUACAUUUGUUAUACACACUGCACUCACUACAAAUACACUACAUUCAUUCAUUAUACACACUCUGCACUCACUAAAAACACACUGCAUUCAUUAUACACACUCUGCACUCACUACAAAUACACUACAAUUAUUAUUCACACUGCACUCACUGCAAACACACUACAUUUAUUAUUCAUACUCUGCAUUCACUACAAACACACUACAUUCAUUAUACACACCCUGCACUGCACUAUAUGCAUAGGAGUGUAAUUUAAAAAAAAAUAAAAUAAUUUUAAGGGGGUGGGGGGGGGGGAGGCGGGAAUCUUGGGUGAGUUCCCACACCUUUUUCCCCAGGACUUGACCCCUGGUAAAAGCUAGGUAAAAAUAUAGAAAAAAAAAUCAAUAUAGAAUAAUGGCUAGAGAAACGAAAGAAGAGAAAGGAAUAGAUUGAAUAAUGGACGUUGUCUAAAUCCAUGCCAGAUGGAGGGGAGGAAAAGAAGAGUAGGAAAAGGAAGGGGGGAAUGAAAGGGAGAGUGAUGCCCAUGAUCCUAUUCUAUCAUCAAAAAGAGAGAUCUACCAACACAGGUCAUUGUCGGGUGCUUUGCACUUUAAAUAAAACACAUUUCUAUUCAGCCAAGGGUCCUAGAUUUUAUGAAAAUAAUUGUGUGUCAUGCAGUUGUGCUGCAAGUCUGGCCAUGUCUUUUACUUUCUUUGUUUUACAGAUAACAGUAGUAUUGAGAACAACUCCUCAAUUGCUCUGUAAAUGGACUAUGUGACCCAUGCUGACCUUUUUUGUUUGUUUGUUUUUUUACCUCUAGUGAAAGAGUCCUAAAAUAAAAUGCAUCUGUGCCAACUGAAAGGCAGUUCUAUACCAGUGGAAAAGCAUUUUGUAUGCUUACUCUUUGUGGGUCACACAAAUGGUAAGGGAACCAAAUGCCUCCCAAGUCACUGAGCUCUUCAGGAGGUCUCUGGUUCCUUUUGCAAGCAGUGAUAAGGUAGAGACAUUUGGGUAGAGUGUACAAUCAAUGAAAUGUACACAUUUGAAGCCUGUCAUUUUUUGUGUGGGAACAAUUAGACAGGUUUGUUUAAAUUCUGUGAGAGAAGCAGUACCUGCUUAUUUUAUUAUAUGAGAGGAGGCCAAUCUUCAAAGCAGUAGAUGACAGGAAAAAAAAACAAAUCACGUGUGGUGAAAGUAAUAUGGGCAUCGUAGGAGAGAGAAAAUAAAAGUCAAAUUUAUCCUUCACUCUGUCCCACAGGUCUAGAAAAUAAGUGAUGGCCGGUGGUGACUGUGGUGAAUGGUCAAUGCUGCCUCAGUAUCCACAUAUAACUAGAAGGGUAGUAUACAACAAAAAUUAGAAGUUCUGUGGCCUGGUUGUAGGUGCUAUUGUUGAAUGUGAGCCAACUGAGCUGCAUCGAAAUAAUGCAAAAUCCCUUUGUGACUUGGGUACAUACAAAGUUUUUUUUUUUUAACCCAUCCCAGAUGAACCCAUUAAUGGAAGAAUGUAGAGUUUUGCAGUCAGAAUGUGUAAGCGGGAAGGGUAGACUUUGGAAAGCAUACAGCAAUCUUGAGAGAAAAUUCAGGGAGAGGGAUCUCGGAAGCAGCUCUCCUGUCCUCCAGCGAGCAAUCUGUUUGAAGCGUUGCCGUGCGUUACCAUGGCAACGCUCCACACAGCAUCGCACGGGAGGAUAGGAGAGCUGCUUCCCUGUCACAUACUUACCACCACCUUACCACCAGGGAUGGUUGUGUCCACCGCUCUUUCACCAAAGGUAAGAAGAAGGGAGGGGGGGGGAGAUACAGAUUUAAUAUACUUUUUAUUUUUAUGUAUCUUCCCUCUUCCUUCCUUUUGUAACAAUCCUAGAAGUCCUCUGAAAUUAAAGAUUGGAUUGGCUAAAAAUGGCAAUUUCGGUGAUGUCACAAAGGGUAUUUAGAAAGAAAAAAAAAAAACUUGUUUGCAAAACUGCAGAUGGAUUGUUCCUUUACGAUUGUAUAUUAUAAUCAGGGCCGCCAUCAGAAAUUUUAGUGCCCCUAACCCAGUUCACGGUCUGGACGCCCGGGGACUGCCUCCAAAUCCUGCCCCACAAGGCCCGCCUGGUACUAUUACACGGUGGUACUAUUACACGGCCGCAUCACUGGCUUGGCCCCUAAAGAUAUUGGGCCCAUCAAAUGGUCCAAAAUGUUUGGGUCACCAGCGGCAGCUCCACCGCUACACAUGGGGCCCGGGUUGUCACCCCCUGAUGGCGGACCUGGUUAUAAUACAGUACUUAUAUUAUAGCAGGAACUUGUCUAAUUUUUAUUUCAAGCAUCCUUGCCUUAUUUCUCAUUUUCUGCAGGUUAGGUUAUGAGCCCAUUUACGCACAAUAGUCCAUCCGUUAUUACAACAUUAACGUAGCACUUCUUUCUUUUAUAUACAGGGUAAAGACUUGGCUACUCUGAACCAGAACCUGAAAAAUAGAUAUUGGUUAGCACUAAAGAUGAAUUGGAAAGUCUGGACACCAUUUCAGUUUAUAAAUGUGAACUACAUCCCAGUACAGGUAAAAGAAUUUUGAUGACUGUAGAUAAAAGUACGCAAUUCCAUAAGCAGUCUUCGUUUACUGGUCUUACUGCUUUAGUCACAGUGCCAUGAAUUUUGCCAUGAAAGUUAUCCUUACCAAUUUUAUUGUAAGAGUGUGGAAUGUUUUUGUUUGUUUUUUGUGUGGGUUUUUUUUUUGUUUUGCUUUUUGUACUAUUAAAAAAACAAAUUCUUGGUGUGUAAAAAAUAAACCUCCCACUGGAGGCAGAAGGCCCACACAUGGCGGAGCCCUUUCCCACGUGGAGCUAAGAUGGCCGCGGAACACGCACGUCACUGGGAGCCAUGCGGGGUUGCCAGGGCCCACUGAGGUGACGGAUCCCACAGACAGACCCCUCCGAACGGCAGAAUGGUCGACGUGGAGCCGGCCCUAACCCCUGGAUUUGGUGGUGGUCCAGGGAGACCUACCCCCAACUCUGUGAGCCCUAUGGCGUAGGCUGGACCCCUGGUGGCCGGGGGUGCAAACACCGGCGACAUGCAAAAGGGCGGAGAAAGGUGAGGCCUACCGGGGCUGGAGCUCCAACGGGGUACUGCAGGGGUUGGGGAGGUGCAGGGGACAGGGGCCCGAGGACUUUUCACGAGGGGGAGUCUGCCGGACUACUGAUGUCCCUGAGUGCCCACAGCACUGUAGAACCCGAGGCCGGCUGUAGCAGGCCCAGAGGGGAUUGGUCGCACCGGGGGAGCUAGAAAGAGCCUGCAAUAAACGACCAGCUUGGCAUAAAUAUGCACCCUUGGCAUAAACCUGCAAGAGGCCACGGUAGAGGGAAGCCCGCUCAGAUACCUCACAGGAGGCCAUUAACCCACGCUGGACAUUUCUUCUUACCAGGCAUUACAAAGCCAUCUCCAGUGGAGAGACUCACAUAUUAUUGUUUCACAGAUCCAGAUCAGGAUAUACCUUGUUGCUGAAAUAAUUAUUUCUAAUAUCAAUACACUUAAUUCAUGGCAUGCCUAUUCCGCAAUUAACUAGACACUGCUAUAAUGUUAAAAGAUAUGAUUUAUCAUUGCCUCACGAUGCAUGACUAAUAUACUACUUCUGCCAUAUACAUUUAGGCGGUUAUUUGAGCCUAACGAAGCGCUUCAUGCUGACCAUGCACAGUGCUUAGUAUUAGCAUUUGUUUGCUUCUAUAUUCUUUCACCUGUAGAUUCUAAACAAGUUAUACAUUAUUGGUUUGUUUUUGCAUAUUUAUAUUUUUAAUUCCGUUUAAAACUGAAUGUGAAGUUAAUGUCACAGUGCUUCAAAGGGCUAAAGUACACUGUCGUAGAUUGUUGCCUACUCAAUAGAUACAGACAGGAUACAUAUCACGACAAACUUUUUCGCAUGGCUACACGACAGAAUGGACACAAUGCCUACAACAGCUGAUACGAGGACUCUUAAUUACGAUCAGGUCACUUAAGGCCACGCUCACACUGCACGCUAGGCACACUAGGGAUACCUACAUGAACUUAACAUAAGACAUAGGUACAUGGCCGCACCGGCCUAAACAGGCUGAACUAAACCUUUAUUUUUUCCUGAGAAUAUGUUGCUUGACUCAUGACACACCUGCGCACUUGUUUGUAAUACUCGCACCAAUUUCACAUAUCUACAUUGACAAACCAGCCCAUGCAUACACAGCACUUCUAAUUGUAAUUAACCUUAAUUAUACAUUUAGUCAGGCAAAGCUGUACACACGCGACAAUAACACCUGUGCACGGCACUAUCAGGCACUAUCAGGCCCAAUCAAUGCCUUUGACAUAUCUAACUUUGUGAAGCCCAUGCAAACUUUAUUUCGGUCAUUGCGUGAUCACUCCGACUGUUAUGCCUCUGCGCAGGUAACCAUAUGUUAAUUUGAUCAAUCUGUACGAUGUUAGCCCUCAAGUUAUUUAUGGUCUCAAUAAGCAUGCCUCUGCGUAGGCGAUUAUUUGCUUCAACGAUUAUAUGUUUUAUAUCCGCGUUUAUCUUGAGAUGACAAAAAUAUUUAAAAAUAAAAAUAAAAUCUCCCUGUACUAAAUAUAUACAUUUAUUAGACACACUAAAGGCAGUUUUAUUUAUUUAAAACGAAUUUUACUAGGAAGAAAGCAUUGACAUUUAAUUUGUUUUCAAGAAUGACAUGGAGAACAUUUUACAGUGUAGUGUUACUUAAAUCAUACAGGGUUAUUUACUAAGUGAUAUUUGUCAGGAAUUCAGAGCGAGUUAAAAGUGAAUUUUAAGGCCAAAGUAGUUGAACUGAAAAUAUUGCUGACUUGGCUAAUACUUGCAGGUAGGCUACUUAGGGGAAUGUGUCUUAAAAGCUUCCAUGCACCCCACCGCUUUGUAUGCAUCCGUGUUAUGAAGUCAAAAGCAGGUAAAUAAAUACAUGGACAGGUUAUAUUCUAGUAGAAUAUAUUAAUAGCUUGUUCAGCCAAUAGGGAGCUUUCCAAAUUCCAGAGUAUUUAAUAACUAGGCAAAUAAUGAGGAAGGUUAUGCCUGAAUCCAAGUUUUGGCUGAGUAGAUUUUUUUUUUGAUUUUUUUAAAUUAAAUAUACAGAUAAAUUAUUAUUAUUGCACAAUUUUAAAGUUACAGGAAGAAAAAGAACAUGAGUUGUACAAAAGAGGUUUUUAUAGCAUGUACACAUUAACCAAGCCACAUAUUCAUUUGGAUGCUUAUAUACCAGUAGAUUGUGUGUGUGUGUGUGUGUAAAAUAUAUAUAUAUGUAUAUGUAUGUAUGUAUGUAUGUGUAUAUAUAUAUAUAUAUAUAUAACAAUGUUUUUCUUGGCACUCACCCUUUCAAAUGUGUAGCUCAAUAUCGCCUGGGUGCAAUCCCAUGUAGACAAAAUGUAUAGAGGAUAAACAGAUGCACUCUCAGGACUUGAAAAAAUAAUUAAUUUAUUCCAGCAGGUAUAACAUCAAAGUUUGCCGACGUUUCGACCCAUUCGGGUCUUUCUCAAGGUCCUUGAGAAAGACCCGAAUGGGUCGAAACGUCGGCAAACUUUGAUGUUAUACCUGCUGGAAUAAAUUAAUUAUUUUUUCAAGUCCUGAGAGUGCAUCUCUUUAAUAUAUAUAUAUAUAUAUAUAUAUAUCUCUCCCCCUCCCCCUCCCCCUCCCCCCCUCCCUCCCCGUGUCACAUCCUAUGGGACUUGGUAGAUUCUGUUUCUAACUAAAAUUGUCACACAAAUAGAAAAUGAUAUAGGUAUGGGAAUCCUUCCUAUAGUACCACAUUACACAGUUUAAAUGAAUUCCCUCUCUCCCUCUCUCCCUCUCUCCCUCUCUCCCUCUCUCUCUCCCCCUCUCUCUCUCCCCUCUCUCUCCCCCUCUCCCCAACCUGUGUCACAUCCUAUGGGACUUGGUAGAUUCUGUUUCUAACUAAAAUUGUCACACAAAUAGAAAAUGAUAUAGGUAUGGGAAUCCUUCCUAUAGUACCACAUUACACAGUUUAAAUGAAUACUAUAGUGUAAGGAAAACAAACCUGUUUUCCUAACACUAUAGUGUAAACUAACGGUUUUGGUAACCACCCCCUUCAGAUCACAUUGAAAAGGUGAUUUUACUUACCUUUUUUUUUUUCUCUCCAAUGCUUGCCUCCAUGGCUAAGAUCAUCAAUUUUGGUGAUCUCAGCCAAUCCAAUGCUUUUCCAUAGGAUAGAAUUGGGAGGUUAUUGUGUGUGCUGCAAAACGCAUUUCUGUUCCAAUCAGCUUCUCCUGAUAGAGAUCCAUUGAAUCAAUGCAUCUAUAUUGGGAAUGUUCAUGCAGAGCGUCUGAAUGACUGCCACUAGAGGUGUUCCUAGGCAGCAAUUUAAGUGUUGAAACAUAAAUUGUAAAUUGAAAAGCCUACAGGGACUGGCUAGACACCAGAAGCAAUACAUAAAAUUAUAGUGCUUCUGGUGGCUAUAGUGUUCCUUUAAGCUAAACAUCACCCCAUGUGGUGGACCACCAGUAUAUCGCCAACAUGAACUCCCUUUCCCAGUGUGAAGUAGCGCUAUCAAACAGUGUAAGUGAAUAUUGCUGGUAUAGCUUUUCCCCCCCAUACAUUAGUCAAGACUGAAUGCAGGGAGUAGAUCUGUUUAUUUCAGGCAAGCACUCGCAAUUUAUACACACAGUAAACACCCCAAAAAUACCCCCAAAAUACAUGGAAACCCCUCAAGAGUCACAUCCCCAGAUACUCUGAUCUGAGCGCCUAACAUAUCCAAAAAUCGCUCAGAUCUGUUUGGUGGUUUGGAAUCGCCCCCAGGGUAAAGUUUUGACCGACUGGCCACGAGGUACAAGCCCAAAAUAGUUCCAGAGAAAUAGUGGCAACAGCCGGUCUCAGUUUGAGGGUUUCUUUAGAAAACCACACAAGAUAUUAAAGUGCUUUCAAGUGGUGAAUGCUCCCCCCCCUUAAUUCGGUAGUUUAUAUCUCCAGAACACCGUUCGCAUAGGUGGCCGGGAACUUGAAUGGGCAGCAGUUCCAAUCUUCACUGGUGUUUGCAGUAGUGCCUAGCCAAAAUAAGUUCCAGACACUUGGCGACCAAGUAACGCUGCCUGCGUUCGGGAGACAAAAUGGCCGCCAUCCAUUCUGUUGAUCACGUGCGUUCGGUUUCACGAAAUGGUGGCCACCCAGGGGAGCAUUUUAUUAAUAGUUUCCUUUGCGGUUUCGCACUGGAUACUUGGUAUUCCAUGUUCUAAUGGGGUGCUAGAGUGGUCCUCGUUCGGGAACCGAGCUAGGUGAGUUUGAACGAGAAAACGAACUGGGAAAAAGAGAAUAGUACUAAUUCAAGUGAUGGGGCAUUCCUUCACACCCCACAAUUAUCUUAAUUAGGCUGAUAUGUUCUUCUGUUUAAAUAGAAGCAACCCAUGUGACCAAGUCACGCCACUACAUAUAAUGAUAACUUUGGGACCCACUUUAGCAUGACGCAACAAUUAUGACAUAUUAUAACUUAUUUUAAAGGUAGACAUGUCCAUACUUUAAGCUCUAUCCUAGCUGUAGUGUCCUUUCUUGAAGGACCACUACAGUCACCUAGAUCACCUUAUCUCAAUGCGGUGGUCCUUCAAGGUAAAACAAUGCAGUUUUGCAGAAAGAGCAAUAUUUACAUUGAAGGGUUAAACAUGCCACUUCCGCUGCACUGACCGUAAAACUCAUUCAUGUGACAUUGCAACUAAUAGAAAAGCACUAGAUUCAAUGCUUUCCAAUGAGACGCAUUGGGUCUGCUCCCAGCACUCGGAAAUGUGAAUCAGGUCACCAGUACUCCUCUAAGAGUAAUUUAAGUUUAAAAUCAUCUUUUAAAAAAACAAGUUUUAUGGCAAAAGGCAGUCCUGAAUAUAACUAGGGACAGGGUAACUGUAGCGUUGGAAAUACAGGUUAUCAUUCCUAACAUUUUAGUAUUCCUUUAAAGGAACACUCCGCACAAAUAAUGCACGUCCGCUUGCUGAAGUGCUCUGUGUGUCGGGACUAUUAAUUUCUUGACAGUUUAUAAAUGUGCCAAUUCCAAUAAAAAUCUGAACUUUUAUAAUUAGGACAGUGAGGUAUUUUCCUCUUACGUUUGCUCCACAGGGCUAACGGAAGCAGCAGGCACACUGUGCUAGUGUGCCCUUGCCUUCUUCGAAAAGCUGCUCAUUGAGAAGCAUAGGUAAGCAAAUGAGACCUCUGAUUAUAGUAUUCCCUGGAGAGAAGGGGAUAGUUAGCUAAGGCUGCAGAUAACAGGUCUGCAUACUUUGCAAGCUGUUUUUACAUAUACCCUCAGAGAAAACAUUCUUGAUUUUUAUUUUAUUUUUUUAAUUUUGGGGGGGUGGGGCGAGUGGGGAUUAUCUACUAAAUUGUUUUUAAAGAUCUUUUCCACUAGGAAAUAUCUACUUGAUUGUAAUUUUAAUUUCAUAUUGUUUUCUCUUUACAGUUUCGAGUCUUGUUUGCCAACCUGGUGGCUUUCUUCUGGUAUGCAUACUUGGCAUCAACACAGAAGUAAUUUUGAAACUUUGCUUGGAAGAUGAACAAGUAUUGAGACACUGCAUUAAACUCGUAGCUGUACUAGGGGAAACCACAUGAUUACGUUUUGUGGAUAAACAGUAUAUUAAUAUAAUGCUAAUUGAAAGUAACAGUGCCACUAUUUAGAUAAUGUUAUAUGAGAGAGAGCUUUAUUGUGUAAUGUAGAACAGUUCUGCAUUGUUACACCACAAGGAUUUUCUUAGUGAUGUCUGUCAUUAAUGCUGGCAUGUUAAAUUAGUAAAAUAUGUUUCACUUACAAAGGGGGUAUCUCCAUAAUUUUGAAAAUAUAGGAACUAUUUAACAUAAUUUACUUUUGGGCAGAACAUUUUUCAGUAAAUGUGAAUGUUUGGGUUUUUAUGUACUAAAUCAACACAACAUAUAAUGACACUGGUUGAAUAUAGUUAGACAAAAUUGUGGUCCAGGCACUCAAGGGUCAGUUGAAAAGCAUGUUUUUCCCAAUAAACCUGCUGUUUAACUGACCCUUGAGUGCCUGGACCACAAGUUUGUUUAACUAAUACAGGAGGGGGUAGCAAGCGCCAGGUCUGGCUGCACCAGAAUUCUAAUAAGUGUGCGGUAUUCCUCUUUUUUUCUAUAUACUGGCCGAUUAUAGGACUACUUGUUUUUUUAGUCUGCACCACUUUGUUUGUGUAAUCCACACUGCAGAACCUUUAUGGUUGAGUGCAAAUCAGAAAACCAUAGGAUUAAUAAAAUAAACAAACAUUUAAUCAGAUUAAAAUAUGAUCCAAAUGUAAUGGCGUUCUCAAAAUUAUUUCACACAACCUUAUCUAAGCUAAUAUAACAAAUUUUUAAAUAUAAUUUGUUUGUUUACCUGAGUAUGUACAUACAAGAUACAUAUCUAAAAUUUUAUCUUAAAGCCUUUUUUUUUUUUUGCCAAGAAAAAGCAGAAUGCUUUCAGCAUACAUACUUAUAUCACUGUGAUCUGCUGUAAAGAUACUGUUGAAGAUAGUCUGUCUUAAUCAAAUUUUUAUAACGAGCGAAGUUGAAAAGAUACUUUGCAUUUGAUCUGUAUUUGAACUGCUGUAUGAAGAUUAAAUGGGUUAUAAUAUCUCCUUUUUUGUGUUCAUUUCCUCUGCGGUUUUAGCCAGUUGGGAAAUAAUGCAACUGCUUACAGCCACCUAACAUUGGUGCCUACCUAAACUACAAAUGUGCGUUAUUUUAUUUUUCCAUUUUUAAAUAAAUAUUUGAUAUACAUUAUUUGCAGUCAGAAUGACAGGCGUAAUGGCUGAUUUUUUUUCUUUUAAUUUAUGAAGCAAGCAAUAGAGACCUGUUUGGGUUUUUUGUUUUCGAGGGAGGGGCACCUGUGAAUUAAAUACUUAUGAUUACUUAUGAAUAUUCUAACCUUAAGGCUCUGUCGUUCUACUCUAGUCUUGUCCAAAAAAUUAAGAGGCUUUAAGGUACAUGAUUUGGUGGGGUAUCUUAUAAGAUUUCCUUAUGGUCGGCUCGGUGUCUUCACUGGGGGUUUUAUUAUUAGGUUUUUUUUUUGGCCUUAUAAUGCUUUUGUUUCUUUUUUUUCUUUUUUUUUUUUUCUUCUUUGGGUGUGGUUCCGGAUCUGCAAUACAUAUGACCAGUUUUUGUUUUUGUUUAUGUCCAAUAUAUUUAUAAGGUUGUGUUUAGGCCGUUUUUGGACUACGAUACAUGGGCGACGGGAUGUUUGUUACCAGAUUGUGUCCUAGACGGCUUAUUGAUAAAUUUGAAAUGGAAUACUGUAUUUAUGUAUGUUCAAUGGGGAUGGGAUUCCUUAUUUUCUUUUCCCUGUAAGGUUCCCUCCCAUGG